AUGGACCUAAUUUGUCAUGUUGACAUGCGAUUGAAAGGUAUAACCAAAAAUAUUAACUCCGACGUCAUCAAGCUCAGAGGUGCUGGGACUAUCGCACUUGAAGACAAAGAAGGAGAUCCACUACAAAAUUACGUUUAUGGGGAGAAUGAACUCAGUGAAAUGGUGGAUAAUGCUUUGAAGCAAACCGAUGUAAACAACGACGGUUUCAUCGAAUAUCAUGAGUUAAGACAAGCGUCAGCCGAUUGA